AUGCUUCCGCUCCCCGACCGGAUGUCUCGUCCUUUCGCGACGGACGAUGGCCAUGAUUCCGAUGCAGAGAGCACGAGCAGUCUUCCGACGCUCCAGAGCAUCUCGGACUCGGAGGACGAAGACUCGGAGGACGUCGAAGACGAUGAUGGCUCUAUGCCCUCCAUGGCCACCGUUAGCGACUCGGACGAAUGGGAAGACGAGGAGGGCGGAGACUGGAGCGACGGGAGGGGAUGGCUCCGAGGGUAUUACGUGGCAAGAGAUGUUCCUCCGCCACCGAUGGAUUCCAACCCCUCUGCGAGCAGGAACUUGCCCUUCGACGCCGUCGACGAGCCUUUCUUCAGCUCGCGAGCGCUGUUGGAGAGGGCAAGGGGAGGAUUUUUCGACGUCACGGAUUUCACCUCCCGGCUAACUGCAUUCGACGAGGAUCCAGAACGGGCGAAGAUGUUAAUGGCCGGAAUGGAGGUGGCAUCGGAGGAGCUGGUCAAGCGGUACGAGGUGCUUCGAACAGACGACGGUGAGCCAGCGGACGGGUGCGCAAUCUGUCGGGAAGGUCUGCUCGAAGUCUCCGCGGAUGAACACAAGGCCCAAGCAGUCCUGCAAACAGACUCGGAGCUUCCGUUCCACGUAGAGCCACAGUUGGACUGCAUUCUCGCCUUCCCCUGUGCCGGUAAACAUCUCUUCCACAAGAACUGUCUAUCCCCGUGGCUCUCGAGGAAAACGACUUGCCCAACAUGCCGGUUUGACAUCGACCCUUCUUCGCUCACUUUGCGGUUGUAUCAAGAUGUUCCCGAAGCCGGGCCCUCUCGGCCGGUGUCACGAUCUGGACGUACCUGGAAGCCGCCAAAGGUGGAGACUCUGCUCGAGUGGGUACAAGGGGAAGAACAGGCUCGUGCGAAGGGCGUCCCACGAGAGCGACCGUCAGUCAUAAUGCCCGAAUACGUGUCGCCCGCUCCGCCAGUACACUCACUCCCCGAGUUUGAUCCCUACCGCAAUGUGGGGUUUCUUCCCCCAGCACCCCCUUCUUUCGUGCGAUCGGAUCCCCAUUCCCCUGUCCCCAUCCCGCAAUAUCCUCCUUGGCUAAGGGCGGUACGAAUUAAUCAGAUGGCUCAACCGCACAACGUCGCCGUCGGUUCCCCCAAUACCGUUGCCGAACCUGCAGUUGGCAGCUUCACCUCCUGGUCACACGAGGAGCUUGGCCGAUUGCAUGGAAGUCCCCUUAUGCGCUCUCCACCCGAUGGCGUAUAUGAGCUGGGGGACACUCGAAGCCCCGGCAGGUCCCCUCAGCCGGAUUCUGCGGUUUCCAACCCAGCCGACGACCUGGAUUGA